AUGGGAUCUGGUGUCUCAUCGGUCACAUCUAAAGGCACUUCAUUGGCAUGUGACGCACAUGUUGUGAGCGGCAUGCGAGGCGAGCGCUCUCUGCGGGCGGCGGCCUCGCUCGCCGCGCUCGCGACCCUCUUAGCGCUCAACUCACCACAGCUCACCUCCGCUGAGUUCACAUCCAUCGAUCCAUUACGACGCGGUCUUUACGGUGACUUGUGUUCUAUCACCGAAGACUGUCACUUUCGGGACGCAGUGUGUGACGACGUGCAAAAGACGUGUCAUUGCCAUCCCGACGUCCCUAUCAGUAACUACAAAGACAAAUGUGGAAAACCUGCCAGUAUCAACGAGACAUGCAUGUUUAACGAACAAUGCGAGGACGUGGAUUUUAAGACGGAAUGCAAGAAUGAACGAUGUGCUUGCAAGUUCGAGAUGGUUCCCGAGAUGAUGGUGGACGGUGGCGUCGUUUGUACUUCGGUCAAAGCCGUAGAGGAGUCAACGAAGACGUUAGAUCCAGCUAUGAUCGGCGUCCUGGUUGGUAUGGCUGUCAUGUUCAUCAUCAUUUGUGUAGUGCUGCAGCUCUUUAGCAGGGCACGAUGGCGAGAAAACCGAACAAUUUUCAACACGCCCAAUCCGCGACUAAUGAACGUCUCUCUGCUAAGAGAUUCCAAGUUGCUGCACUCACAGGACCGUCGCGGCUCUCGAGUGAGUGUACGUCCUCCAUCAAGGCAGGCAAGUCAGCAGGAACUUAGGCCUCACUCGCCAAGUCCAGGAUCUCGACGAGGUUCAAGAGCUAGUAGUGGCCAUUCAGCGACGUCUCUAAGAUCGGCUACUCUUAGAUCACCUACGACUCCAGGACCAACCUCGGUAACUGUGGAGAUUCGUGCCCCGGAUGUUUAA